AUGGCACCCGUACAGAAGAAGACAGGCAAGUCGAAGCCCAGCGACAAGGCUGGCGCUGCUGCCAAGGCAGUCUUGAAGGGUGCAGGCGCGCACAAGACUCGCAAGAUCCGCACCUCAACUACCUUCCACCGUCCCAAGACCCUCCAGCUGUCCCGGACUCCUAAGUACCCCCGCAAGUCCGUCCCUCACCUUCCCCGUCUCGACGCCGCCAAGAUCGUCCUCUAUCCCCUGAACACUGAGAGCGCCAUGAAGAAGAUUGAGGAGAACAACACCCUUGUGUUCAUCGUGGACGUCAAGGCGAACAAGCGCCAGAUCAAGGCCGCUCUCAAAAAGCUCUACGAUGUUGACACCGUCAAGGUCAACACACUCGUCAGACCCGACGGACUGAAGAAGGCCUUCGCUCGCCUCACCCCUGAUGUUGACGCUCUCGACAUUGCUGCUACCAAGCUUGCUAUUGUCUAA